CUUCGUCUUCCCUGUCCACUGGAAGAACAACAGGCCAAGCUGAAGCUCGUGCUUUCGAGCAUCUUUGCAGAGUGGCUGCAGCCUGAUGGCGUGCUGUGGAAGGUCUCCCAAAAUGGGGCUGUCAGCUUUAUUGAGUACUUUGGCCUGGAUCGCGAUUUACAGGUUGUGGAGGCUGACCCCAACUUCACAGAGAACCGCACCGCGGUGCGACUGAAUGUCCAGCGCUCUGUGACCGCUACCUGUGCUAUUGUCCGUCGGCUGCGGGAAGCUCUGUCCCUAGAACAGCUACAACAAGUUUGCCUGCCACUCCUGGAGCCAAUAGUUAGACCUGUUUUCCAACUACUGCGAGUCCCUUGGAAGUCCAUCUAA